GUAGCUUUACCCUAGCUACCUUAUUAAUUAUAAAUAGACAGAGAGGUGGAAGAGCAAAUAAGCCAUUCACAUAUCUUACAUACAGGCAAGGCAAAGGCAAGAUGAGUGAAGAGCCAAAGGGAAAGGUGAUAACCAUCCUGGCCAUCGACGGCGGCGGCGUGAGGGGAAUCAUCCCCGCCACCAUCCUCCACUCCCUCGAAUCUCACCUCCAAGAACUCGAGGGACCCAACGCCAGGAUCGCCGACUACUUCGACAUCGUGGCCGGGACCAGCACCGGUAGCCUCAUCGCCGCCAUGCUCACCGCCCCCGGUGACGACGGCCGCCCCUGCUUCACCGCGUCGGAGAUCCCUCCCUUCUACAAGAAGGAGUCUCCCCAUAUCUUCAAGAAACCGGCCAUUCCCCCAUUCCCCAUGCUGGCCACAACUACUACUCCGGCUGCGGGCGGCGGCGGCGGCCUUGCGCAGCAGCUGCCUGAGUUCUCCGAAGCAGAUAUCCCUCCUUUUUACAAGCAACAGCCUAACCCUGCCGCCCUACUCCAAGGAAUGCCGCCUGAUCAAGUCCAACUGUAUAGUAUGUCUGAUUUGUGGGAUUGGUUCAAGAGAUUGGGCUCUGCAGCGAAGUGGGUGAUUGAUUUCGUGGUGCAAAUGGGGUUCCGCCCCGUGUACGACGGGGCUUACCUGCACGACAAGAUCAAAAGCAUCCUUAGAGACACUAAGCUCAACCACACGCUCACCAACAUCGUCAUCCCUGCCUACGACGUUCACCGUUUGAAAACCGUCGUCUUUUCCUCUCUCCAGGCAAGAAGGGACGCGUCGAAGAAUCCGAAACUCUCAGAUGUGUGCAUUUCGUCUUCUGCAGCCCCUAUUUUCUUCCCUCCCCAUAGCUUCAAGCUGCAAUCCUCUCAAGGGAUUGAAGAGUUCAACCUCGUCGACGGAGGCGUCGCAGCCAACAAUCCUGUGUUGCUGGCAAUUCGAGAAGCGGUGAGGGCAUAUAAAGUGCCCUUGAAGCCGGAGAGCUUCAUGAUCCUGUCGCUGGGGACAGGAUCAUGCAGAGGGGAUGACAUGGACAGGAUCGGGGAUCCGAGCAGCUGGGGGGCGAUGAAGUGGCUGCUGAUCCCGCAGGGGACGCCGCGCAUCACGGACGUGUUCAUGGGGGCGAGCGACGAGAUGGUGGACGUGUACACGGACAUGGUCCUCCAGGGCGCGGCUUGCCCGGACAACUACCUGAGGAUCCAGUACGAGGGCAUGAAGUACGACGAGUGUCUCGUGGACGACUCCACCGGGGACUACCUUGACAAACUGCAAGGGUUCGCCAAUGAGAUGCUCGGCGACCCCGUUUCGGGUCCCUCCGCAAAAGCUCUCAGCAAUGACGAGGCUCUCGCUGUGUUUGCGCGUAACUUGGUCGGUAACAAGAAGAAGAAGUAGUAGUACGUCGUCAAAUGUUGUGUGGGAACGAGUUUGAUUUGAUUGUAAGGGUUCCACAUCUGGAUCAAUCAGAUCUACCUACCCUACCCACGUCCUACUUAUAUGUGUGUUCGAUCAAUAAAUAAUGUAUUUUGGAGUGUUUUCAAAUAAUUGACUUUUCGUGAGGCCAUGCAUGCAUGGACUCUGCAUGCAUGCACAUGGCAACCACAUGCAUUAUUAGUGUGUACCUACUACGUACUAGUCAAUAUAUGAAUAAUGUUAUUAUGUACUGGAUUGUUGGUGAUCUUUAAUCUGUGUACUAGCUCGAAAUAAAUCAAAGUCGGCAUCUUGUGUUAAUUAAUGCAUGUGUUCCUU